GUUUCAUUAAUGCCACGUAUAGUCAGCGCCAUUUUGACCGAAACAAAAAUCCUGCGUCGGAUAAAACCGGCGUUAAAACAAUUUAUAUUACUUGCUUCCCCGCUGAUCUGGCCAAGGAGCUGAUAGUGAAAGUAGCGUACCAUGAAUUGGUUGAGUACUGUUUUAGUUGGAUUAGUUUUUACGUUUUUAGCAUCGAUCCCAGUUGAAUGUACUGAGUUGACUUUUGAGUUGGAAGACAACGCUAGACAAUGUUUCUAUGAAGACAUCAAAAAAGAUACCAAAGGAACGCUUGAGUUUCAGGUCAUAAGUGGUGGAAACUAUGAUGUAGAUGUAAUUCUUUAUGAUGAAAAUGGUAACGAAGUUUACAACGUCCAAAAGAAACAGUAUGACAGCCAUUCUUUCACAGCUCAGACUGAUGGAAUUUACAAGUUCUGCUUCAGCAAUGAAUUUUCUACAUUUAGUCACAAGGUGGUUUACUUUGAUUUCCAAGCUGGAGAUGAAAUGCCUUUAACUAAAGACAUGGGAGCACAUCAAACAGCACUCACACAGAUGGAGACAGCAUGUGUAACCAUACACGAAGACCUUAAGAUUGCAACAGACUACCAAACCCACCAUCGUUUACGUGAGUCUCAAGGACGGGACAUGGCUGAGUAUUUAAAUGAAAGGAUACAGUGGUGGUCUGUUGGAGAAGCUUGCCUAAUUCUUUCUGUUGGAAUCUGUCAAGUAGUCAUUUUAAGGCGAUUUUUUGCUGAGAAGAGGUCAACCAUCUAGUUCUUGAAACAUUGCUGCUUGAAGAAAUCAUGCUUCUUUCAGUCUGUACAGAAAAGAUAUUAACUCCAUCAAAUUUAUUAAAAAAAUCAUCUUGAAAAGCUGUUGCCUCAUGAACACAAAAACUGUGAUAGCUGAAGAUGAAGACACUGAUGUUGUUCUUAUGCUACACAAGUUGAACCAGACCUGAGCCUUUACAAGGGGGCUUUGUUGUUCCUCAUACUGGUGUGCUUUAUAUGUAAUGAAUGAUCAUUAGUAGGACCUCAGCAGUUUAUUUGCUCACAAUGUUAAUGGUUAGCUGGAAGUAUUUCCAUAACUGUUUAUGUAUACAAACUUAGCAGGCUCCUUUGGGUGACCCUGAUUAAUUUUUCCUGUUGUCCUUUGAUGAUUAUACCAUUUUGUAUGUACACAUUCUUACUUCCUUGUCCAACUGAGUGCUGCUAAAAGUGCGAGAAGAGAAAAUUGCAUGUUGUUCCCAUUCCAUUUGAACGUUUACAGAGGCACUGUGAGAUGAAUGGACAUUUACUUUGCAGAUUAAGUGCAAGCAUUAAGGCAGCAAGAUCAUCUGGCUUUAUGCUUGUACUAGGCUUUUUACAAUGUAGAGGCAUCCACAAAACCUUUGGAGAGCCUCUUUAAAUGAUCCACUUGGAUGGAGUUAAGUUUUAUCUCUCAAAUCACUUCUAUUCAUCCAUCUGUCAGCCUCUCUAGGUAGUUACCACAAGGUUGCAUAGGUAUCUUUCUGUCUUUGUUGAGCUGAAUGAUUAAAAAAAAAUCAUUCUUUUGAUCUUCCUUAAAAAAAAGAAAGAAAAAUAAAAAAAACAUCAUUUCCUUUGACAAAGCCUGUAGUGCAAUUAUUUACAUGUGUCAGUUUCCAAUUGCUUAUACAGUUCUUAACAAUUAGUCAUCAAAAUAUUUCGCAUAGUCCUGCGGAGCUUGGAAAAGAUCCACUCUAAAGGUUGAGGCACAUGUGUUCCAUGAAUCUCCUAUGGUUCAGAUAUACAGAAUCUUAAAAAGUAGUUUACUCCAAGUUCAUAUUUGUUAUGGGAAAGUUCUCUUUAUAUAUUCUCAAGGGAAUAUGUAACUGUCAAUAAGGUGCUCCAGGAAAAAUUAAUGGUAGUUUGGGUUAGAGACAUCUUUGGGCUUUGUAAUAUUUUGAUGACAGAUAUUUCUUGUUACAUUUAAUUCUUAACCAAAAUAUUUUACUAUUUGAAUGCUGAUGGUAUCCAAGAACUAUUUUGUAUUAAACUUAGUUGCUAGAGUUAUCAGUUAA